AUGUCGCAAGAGGGUGGUGAACCCAAGAAGAAAGAAAGUGUUUCUAUCCCAAAGGAAGGCAGCGAUGCUGGCCAACCUGUGCAGUCCCUUGCAAAAGCCUCCAAGAAUGACCCAAAACCGAAUUCGCCAGCAUCGCCUCCAAAGCAACCACUUAAGGAAUCUGUGACCGCGAAAUCCGCAAUGCCGUUGCCGGGGCAAAUGACUGCAGGUACAAAAACAGAAAAGCCCAACGAAUCACCGGAGAAAAAUGUUCAGUCGGAGACGACCAAUGAGAAAGCUGCAGUGCCAACAGGAAAGAAAAUUCAGAUGGACGGCAAGCGAGUAGAAAAUGUUAAGAAUGCGUUGGCGGAUGCGGAUUGGGGUUGGAGAAUCAAAUCCAAAGGCGGGACAAAGUAUGAGACCCGUAAGGUAAGCGGAAGCAAGUCGGAGGCUGCAUCAAAAAGCACUCAGGCUGACCUGGACUAUGGACCCUAUUCUAGGCGCUAUCGUGAUUCCUGGAAUCCGGAGUACGAGUGGGGAUACUACGGCGCCUAUGGAGAAUGGCGUCCGGAAGAAGAGUGGCCCUACUAUGCCCCGUAUGGCAUGGAACCAUCGGCACCCUACUAUCCCUUCCCAUCUGAGCCUCCGUGCCGUUCGCGCCCCCGUCCGCCGUUUCCUUCUCCGAGCUGUCCCAUACAUGGGUAUAUGAGGCAGCGUCCUGCCCCACAGCGGAGCCAGGGAACCAUUAUUUCCAUUCCAAUUCCAAUCUCAAUCCCGAUGCCGAUGCCUUCCGGCUCAAGUAGUGGGCCAGUGGUCAUCAAUCCGCCCCCUCCACUACCACCACCACAACUUCCACCCCCUGCGCAGCCAGAGAGGAGGACGACGCCUCUACAGGACAUGACCUCGUUCAUGAUGGCCAUGAUGCUUAAGGACAGUAUGAAGGGAAGCACUGGAGACCUGUUCCCGUCUCAGGACUCACAGGCUCAGCGCGGACAACCUGUGACAGCGACAUCAGAUUAUGACGGCCAUCGGGCGCCUUCAGAGCCCGCCGACAAUCAACUUUCCUUCAUGCAUCAACAGUCACCUCUUUCACCCGAGCCAUCUAAAUAUACCGGAGCUAUCGCCGAGGGUGAGCCGGUGAUGCAAGGUAUUAUCCAAGAAAUUGCGACAAACCAUGGCAAGAAAAAAGAAAAGAAGAAGCACAAUGCGGAGAAGGAUGACAAGAAACCUGCCGAGUCCGCCGAGAACAAGGCGACGAAAGAGGAGCGAGCUCGUCAGCACAAGGCAGUCAGCAAACAGGGAGCCGACGAGGUUAUUUCCCUGGGGUCUUCGGACUCAUCCCUUGGCAAUAAAUCGCCCACGUCUGGUGGGGGUAGCAGUUCGGACCAAGAGGAGGAGGAGGACGGAGAGGAGGGAGCCCCGGAGACGGCGUACGGGGGAGCUUCGGCUCGAUAUGCCCGACAUUGCUGCCUGCUGCUGCUCAUUGUGUUCCUGGCGUGCGUCAUCAUCGGGAACGUCGCUUACACCGUCUCGCCCAGGAGGUUCUCCAAUUUUCUUUGUAGCCUGGGUAUCUUCAAACCGGAUAACCUAGCAAGCGUCAACCUAUCCCUCAUCGACGAUGGCAGCGAACUAGGACUUCCAUUAGAAGACAGCGCAUCUGGCCGAAGCAUCUUCGACGUCCAUCACGAAGUGACUGACGAACCAUUCAUUAACGAAGCGCAGACCGAUCAAAUCGACGAGUACGUGGAGACAACCGGUGGCCCCAUCACAGAGAUAGUGCGGUAUAUGAUGCAAUGA